AAUGUACUCCAAAAGAGCACGACCCAAAAUACAAAAACCUUUUCAUAUUGGAAUCGGGUUAGUGGGUCUGUGCUUCCUCUUAGCUAGAAAAUUUAAAAUAAAGAAAAAACAGAGAAAAUAAAGAGAGGAAAGCAACCCAGAAACCAAUCUCUCAUGAUUCUCAUCCCCACCUAGCCACUCUCUCUUCGAUCUCUCUCUAUAUAGUUAGUUUAUGCCUUCAUGACAAAAACCAAAAGCAAGAUUCGAGUCUCUGUUAUCAUCGAUGAGGAUGUGCGACAGGAUAGAUAAAGAGGUAGAAGACAAGAGCAGAGAUGCUGAACAACCAUCCGUAUGAUAGUCACUGGUAAUAACCAAAUCAUGUUCUUUACUAGAUGGGCUUCCGAUCUCCCCUGGCGUCUCCUCCUCCUAAUCCUCCCUCCCCUCUCUUUCAUCGCCUUUCUUUAUCUCUCCACCACCACCACCACCACCACCACCAACUCCUACUCUUCUUUUGCCCCUCUAACAUUCUUCCUUCCUGAUCGCAACCCUCAAUCUCCGUCUAUUCCCUCUAUCACCGUCCCCAGUAAUAAAUCGCCGGAGAAUCGAUCGCUGGCGAAGAAGAAGGAGGAUUUGAAGCGGUCGAGAAUUGCUAUCUGCCUUGUGGGUGGGGCGAGGAGGUUCGAACUCACGGGACCAUCCAUCAUCCAGAACCUGUUGAUGGUUUACCCGAAUUCAGAUGUUUUCCUGCACAGUCCCUUGGACCGCGACUCCUUCAAGUUGUCUCUCCUCAAGGACGCACCCAGGCUGGCUUCCGUUAGAAUCUUCGAGCCCAAACCUUUACCAGAGACCGACUCACAACUCCAAGUUCUCACUGCGCACAACUCCCCCAACGGCAUACAGGGUCUGCUGCAAUACUUCAACCUUGUGGAGGGAUGCUUCACAAUGAUCAAAACGUAUCAAAUGCAAAACAAUUUCACCUAUGACUGGAUAGUCCGUACCCGGGUGGACGGCUACUGGUCCGCCCCGCUCCAGCCCGAAAACUUCGUACCCGGCCGCUACCUGGUUCCCCCCGGCUCCAGCUAUGGUGGACUCAACGACCGUCUCGGCAUCGGCGACCUCAACACCUCCAUCGUUGCCCUCUCCCGCCUGUCCCUCAUCCCCGGCCUCAACUCUGCCGGCUUCACCCAACUCAACUCUGAGGCUGCCUUCAAAGCCCAACUCACCACUCAAGGCGUCCCCUACUUCACCAACCGCCUACCAUUCUGCGUCGUCACCGACCGCCAAUACUCGUUCCCCCCCGGCCGCUACGGAGUUCCCGUCGCUUCCAUCUCCAGUCCGGGCCCGCUCAGCGGGGCCAAGUGCAGGCCCUGCACACCUGUCUGUGCCGGGCCUUGCGUCGCCAACGUUAUGGGCACUCUUGACCGGGGCUGGAGUUGGACCGAUUGGUCCGGCGGGAGUCUUCAGCUCUGCGACGCCCACGCCGAGUGGGAGUCUGGGUGGGAGAAGAUCUUCGACCAUGCUGCCGGUAAGAAACUCGCCGCAGCUAGAAAGAGAGUUGGAUCGUUAAGCUUGGCGGAUUGUGUUGGUCGUUUCGAAGGGAUGAAAAGACGGACCGUCAAUUGGGAAGCUCCGCCGGCGACGGAGAUCUGUACAUUAGGUGGUCGGAGUCGGAAAUAAACAUACAGGUAUCGAGACAAACACGUAACCAAAAUGCACAGUGUACGAGACAUCGACAAUUUUGUAGAAAAAUUCUUUUUUCCCCAUUUCUUUCCUAUACAUGUCUGUGUUUUGUAGUUGGUCUUAUUCCUUUUGUUACAGUGUAAUGAUAGAAUGACAUGGAAAUUUACCUAAACGCAUCCAUCAUGUAUUUUUUUUUUAUCUGAAGGACAAAGUUAUUGACUUUGUUCCAUAAUGUAAGCAAAAUAGAGCUUUGAGCAAUUCAAUCUAUUAGGCCUAUACAUGAGCGUGGACAAAAUUAUAUCA